AUGCACCCGAAUACAAAAUUAUCCUCUCCUCAUCCUGGCGGCCAUCUUUCUUCACAUUCGCCGUGGUUUCUUGGAUUAGAGUUAGCAACCGACCAACUACGGGCGUGUGUGAUCGAUGAAAAUCUGGAGCUAGUUGGGGUAGAAUCUGUGGAUUUUGAUACCGAGUUGGCAGAAUACAAGACCACAGGAGGUAUCUUUACUACUCCUGGAGAGGCAUACACAACCCCGGUGGAAAUGUGGAUUAAAGCUUUGGAUACCAUUCUGCUAAAAUUACACCGGAAUUACGAUGUAGGACGGAUUAAAGCUAUUGGCGGUAGUGCUCAGCACGCAUUGGUAUGGUGGAAAUCGACCCCUCUUCCCUCUCUCUCGUCACUGGACCCACACCUUGCCCUACACACACAUUUUCCAUCUCCGUCUUUUUCCCUUCCCAACACGCCAACCGCACAGGAUACAUCUGCACAUACACACGCUCUAGCCAUCGAAGCUCUACUUGGAGGUCCUAAUGCAAUGGCGAUCAGAGUAGGAACUUGCGCGCAAGCCAGUUUAGUUGCUGCGCAGUUACUGAUGGUUCGAGAGGCCUGGCCGCAGGAAGUCUGGGCGAGGACGGGCAGGAUACAGGUUGCUAGUGCGUUCCUGAGCAGCUUGGUGUGUGGUAAAUGGGUUCCUAUGAGUGAGGCGGAAGCAUGUGCCACGGGACUCUGGGUUCAUGGCGUUAAUGGUCAACAAGGGUACUGGGACGAAGGAGUUCUCGACAUUGUCGGCGGAAGUAGAGAAGAAGGCAGACGUGUACGUGGAUGGCUGGGCGAAGUUGAUGUCAGCGGCGGUGGAAGAAAAGUCGGCAAUGUCUCGCGGUAUCUUGUUGACCGAUUUGGGUUUGACCCGGAGACAAUCGUCACAUCAUUUACAUCGGAUUAUCUCGCGUCCUAUCUUUCUUGUGUCCCUUCUAGUGACCCUUCCACCGGCGCAACCGCAGUUCUACAAUUCGGUCCGAUGGAUAUGCUUCUCACUCCUGCUGCACGCUACAUUCCUUCCCAAUCGUACUCUCUUUUCCCACAUCCGGCACAGGAUCCAACAGAGAAACGACGCUACGUUGCCGUUCUGACUUCACGCAACGCCGAUAUCCCCCGCGCUCUGGUCAGGGAUAUGUACACCAAAUCCUGGUCCGCUUUUGAUCGUCUUGUAGCUAUCGUUCCCCCAGGCGGAUCCAUUGGCUUGGACGACAAAUUAUUUUCAUUCUGGCACCUUCAGGCUGAUUCGUAUCCAUACUCCCACGUCAAGGGAAUAUACAGAUUCGAAAGCGGAGUCAAAGUCAGCGAGUUCAGAGACCUCAGAGCAAAUCCGAGGUGCUUGAUCGAGAGUCAAGUACUAGCAUUCAGGAUUAGAUGGAUGUCGAUCGUCGCUAAUGGUGUGCAGGGAACGGCGAGCAUGAAUGGUGAAGGUGGAUCUGCGGCUUUGUCGAAUCCCUUCGCUUCUCUUGGUCUCUCCUUCAACCCCUAUACUUCUACACCCCUUCCGCGCCGCGUUAUCUGUACCGGUGCCGCAACUAAUUUUCCAAGUGUGGCAAAUUUAGUUGGCGACGCGUUCAAUGCUACUAUCUAUGUUCCUGCUAGUCAAGUUGAUAGCGCUCAAGUUGUUGGCAACGCACACCGAAAUGCCCCUGCAAAGGGUUAUUUCAGUCGUGCCAGUCUCGGCGGAGCGAUGCUAGGACGCUGGGUGUGGGGACGAGAACAAAAUGGACCAUCAAGUGCUAGUAACAGUGGACGAGGAUCACCAAAUUGGGGAUCAAGCAACGAAGAGAUGCGUCGCCUACACGCUCGAAGAUGGACGAUGUCUGGAGGUGUAUGGGCAAGGACCAAUGUGAACCCUCCGAUUUCCAAUACCACACCUACGGUAACCUCCGGGCUAGGUUUUCCUCCACGUGGAACAGGAUUAAGUCCUUCACUGGUCCUUGAGGAAGAAGAAUACGAGAUUAGCCAGAGGGGAAUGUACGGCGCAACUAUGUCAAGUAUGGCGACGAUGAGCACCAUCGGUUCGAUGAGCUCAAUGGGCUCGAUGGGUACUAACAUCACGACUCCCGACAUGAGCCUUCUCAACCCAGGCAGCGGAGCGACGACACCCGGCUCCGUCAAGGAUGUAAACAACCCCUCCUCGGGAACUGCUUCUGCAAACGUACCAGGUGCAAGCACCCUCACUCCUGUAUCUGCUCUCCCCCUUCCUUCACCGUCGCCCAAUCCCCAUUCAGGUUCCUCCCCCGUCUCCACCACAUCCUACGAAGAUGAUUUGCAGCUUGCUCAACUCGGGCUAGCCAAAGUCGCCGAACCGGACACAGACGCAUUCAUGACGUACGCGGCAAUCGUAGGGGAGUAUGCUCGACUGGAUGGCGUUGUUAUCAGGGGAACUUAG